UAUAAUAUAAUUACAAUUUAAGCUAAUAAAUCCAAUAAAAUGAGAGAGAGUGUCCAAAAUUAAGGUAGUCCUUACUCUAAUACCAACGAUGAGAUGGCUGGGGAGUGAGAUGCUGCUGGGACGAGAAGAGGGGACGUCCCGUGAUCUGCGAACAGUUUUAUCUUUCCCUCUGACUGGAAAACAGUAACAGGGCAGCAAAGUCCUCUGGGGAAUGUAGUAGUUCUCUUCUGAGAGCCAGGUACAUACACUACAUGGUGUUAUGAUGUGGAAUACCAAUAACCAAAAAUCAUAAAACCAUGACAACAAGCUCUUGAAUGAUGCGUGAACUAGUAUCUUGCCACUUGCAUCUUUCAUGGCAUAGUGCUGUUCCAUUCUGAGGUGAUACAAAUAAACUGCUUAAUAGCUGGGAAAACUGUAGGUAUAUAUUCUGUACUUUUCUGAUCUCUUUGCAUCCCUUUAAAAGACAGGAUAAAAAUCUAAUUUUUAAUUCCUAACAGACCUCAACAGAUCUUAUUAAAUCAUGUCUGAAUAAUUUUUCUUUUUUUAAUUAUUCAGAGAUGAUCCCAACUGCACUGACUUCUUUAACCAAAGACCCUGUCAGUGGUGAUGCCUAGCAGAACCUAGAACUCACCAGAAGUGCAUGUCUAAACAUUUGAGAUCUUUUGAUGUCAGCAACUGACAGUAUCCCAGCUCAUUUUAAUCCCAGAUGAUUGAAGAUGGCUUUUUAUGGACUAAAAAUAAUUUCAACUAUACAACUAGUAUCCUUUGAAUCAUUUACAUGGAUGGAGGACAAGUAGAUUCCAAAACAUUAAGUGAUUUGCUCAAAAAUGAGUAUUUAAAAAUUUUAUCUAAUAAGAUUCUUAAUUUGCAGCUGUCUCUCUGAAAAUAAGCAUGUUGUCUAUUUAUGUGGUAUAGAUUUAUUUUAUGAUUCAAGCCAAAUGGGCUAUUUCUUUCGUACCUACUUAAGCUCGUUAUUGCUACAUUCAGCAGUAACAAGGAGACAGAAACAGAAUUUCCUUUGCUCUCCCAACCUUUCCUGCAUGAGAAAAGAGUGAUAAAAGCAAGAAAGUGAAAAUAAAGGUAAUUAGCCACAUAGUAGAUUUACUGUAAUAGAUUCCCCGCACAACUUAUUCUGCUUACAUAAUAAUAUACAGCACAUACUACAGUUGAGUCAUCAACAGCAUGCACCCAGCUGCUCCUGUGCGAAGCACAGGUGUUAGGGUUUAUGUUUUUCUUUCCUGACCAAACAGUAGCUUAUUUUUGUUAUCUGAUUGUUGUUCUUUUUUUUCAUUUAAUUUGAAAAACAAUCCAAUUCCAAUAGCUGUUUACUGAAAACAGCAGUCAGAUUAGCUGAUCUAAUCCUGCUCAUGGUACCUUCCUACCUGCUCUAUUCCUCUGGCUUCCACGUGAGAGACAGAUGCAUAAUAGGGAAAGUUUUCCAGAUUCAUCAUAAGCAAAGCACUUGACUGAAGACAGACAAAUAUUUAGCUGUUACAAUUUAAUUAGAACAGUGGGUAUGUUCUUUAAAAGCACUUUGGAUUUAGAUUGAUUCUUCUGAAUUUCCAGUAAAUUCAUAUAUGAAAGAUGUUUUAGUGAAUAUUACUAUGACCAUCACAGAACUUGAUCUCAUUAUCUGGUGUACUUGGCCUUCUGGGGCCAUGACCUUCAGCAAGUCUUUUCAUCUACCUUUGCUUUGGCUCUUUGUUUGUGAUCCAAAAUUCACAGAGAUCUUGUUAUGAUAAAAUCAUUAAUAAUCACAAAGUACUGAGCUGCAUAGCCAAAGACUAAAAUAAUGUAAACAGCUUGUGUGUGAUAAGUACUUGUUUCCUAAGAUACACUGAUGUUCAGUUAAAACGCAUUUGCAAAUGGAUCAACUUUGCUUGAACUGGCCUUUAAAGCAGGACUUUCAGUGUUGUCCUCCAUAGUACACUUAUAGCUGAAUGGGAUAAGUGGGAGGAAAUUUGGACCAGGGGGCUCAAAAUCUGAUGGUCAGCAGUGUGAAAUGUAGGCAGCUAUCUAUUACUUGUGGCAUCUUAGUGCUUAAAAUUGCAGCCAAAAGAAAAAAUGAAGUAAUGCAUUAGGUCCUUCAGAGAUAAAAAAAAAAAAAAAAAAAAAAAACUUCGAGAACCUCCCCUCCUGAGGACUGGUUAAUAUGCAUGUCAGAAGCAUACUGUUACGAAUGCCCUUCUGACAAGGAAAUGUUUUACUAUGCACCAGUCUUUGAAAUUACCCUUUUUAUCGUAUUUACUGUUGGUGGACUACUUUCUACUCCAAAUCUUGCAAGUAUAUGAUAGGUAGACUGGGAUAUGUUGAUAUGUUUUGUUUAGUCUUCUUUAAUAAGUUGUUUUUUUCUUGGUAAUUUGACAUUUGAAGCUUGAGAGAGUGACUUGAAAGAAAACUCUUUUUCUUUUCUUUCUUACUUUCUAAAGAGAGAUUUCAUUUUUACAACCCACCUGAUGAAGCUCAACUACUGAUCAUCCCUGAAUCCUCUGAGUAAAAUGAAAUCUGCAGUGUGAUCAUGUUACUGUCCAUUUUACUGGAGUGCCCUGUAUUAUUUUAUCUAUUGCACUAAAAAACUAUAAAAUAACCUUUGGAGAAGGAAUGUUAUAAUGGGAGUGCCUAGUAUCAAGAAUGCAAGCACAUAGGACAAAACUGGCAUUGAAAUGUAAAAUCAGUCUAUACUUGAGACUUAUUCAGAUCACCACAAUGAGCUGUGUAUUUUUUUCUAGCAGGGGCAGCCAGGAACGUCUGUUAGAAUAAGCCAUGAGCAUGUUGUUUGGUUGCAGUAUUUAGUAGCAAUUAAUAGGGAAGAAAGCACUAGAACAGGCCUGAUUCACACCCACAUGUUAUGGAGUUCCUUUGGGAUCCUAAACAUCGACUCUUAAAAAAUGGAAAAGAAGUUUCAUAAAACCACAGAUAACAUAGAAGCAGCUUGACUUCAGGCUAGUAGGUAGAAUAUUAUUAUUAUGUUUCCACUUUAUGUAUGUGCUUUAUGUAUGUCAUUUAGUGACCCGAAAGUCUCUGGUGUAUUUAAGAAGUUCUCAAACCAGCUGAGUCGCAGUGGUACAAGCUCCAUUGCAUUCUUUUUUUUCUCACCGUGAUCAUGCAAAUCUUAGAUUUCUUUCUGCAUAGUGGCCUGCCUUCAGUGAGAAGGCUGGAAAGUGAUCCUAGUCCACCUCAGCCUAUUCUAGUUCACAGAUGGAUGACUCAUCCAUUCUCUUGUUGUGGGCAUUCUGACUCUGCAAGGUUGAAAAGGACUAUACUAGACAGCGGGUCUCCUUCUAGCCAAAAUCCCUAACCACAAAUCUCUUUGAAAGAAAAUGAGCUUCUUACCAUCUGUCUCUUUUAGCAGUGUUAUAUGUUUGUCUCAACAUGGCCGUUUCCAUUAUGCAUACUGAACAAGUCUCAUAAUCAAGAAUUUGGGUACCUUACUGUCCGUCUCUGAGCCUUAGGAAGAUGUUUAACAGUUAAGUGCACAGGAUACGAUGAUCUGAGGCAUGAUGUGUGGACCCUUCUGAAGGACUCUUCUGAGGCAUUGUUUUGAACAACCUUCUGUGGCUGACCUUUCUGUGAGCAGGGCAAUUGGACAAGAUCAUCUCCAGAGGUACUUUUCAACCUCUGUUCUGUUAUUACAUGGUUGUGAGGUAGAAAGAAGGUGCAGUGUCAGCCUUUGAGGCUCAGAAUUAAACACCCAUGCUUGACUUACUAUGUUGAUCCUAGUUAGUUUGUGUCAAAAUGUUUGGAUUUUUCCUUAUGUUUUUUAAGCCUGCAUUCUCCUAUACUUGUUUAUAAACAGGGUUAAGUGUUAUGCAUACUGGGUAUUUAAAAGCUCUGCAGUUGUCUUUAUGUGGUUUUAUUUAAAUGGAUAUUUUUCUUUUCUGUCAAGCUUGGGAUCUGAUCAGUUCAGUCUUUAUUUUACAGUCUGAGCCCAUGGUAUUAUGGGUUAUGUGCCGCUAAGUCUCUGACAUCAUCUAGCCUCACCUAGCCUACCCCUUGUUUGCUGCUGGAUUACAGUCUGACACCUGCCAAGUCAUUUCUCUUCUUUGAAAUAUGCAAGGAUUAAUAAUGAACUUAUUCAUAGGGCUGUUGUGAAUGUUGCUUAGCUAGUAGGCCCUCAUUCCACUCUGUAUGUUUUAGCAUGCAUUUACAAAACAAACUCCUUUACAUUUACUAUCUAAUUGCUAUAUUUGUCAUUAUAUUUACACAUUUGUAUACACAGUGUCACAGGGAUAGCCUCCUGCUGCCUGCAUUCCCCAUCAGUUUGUCAAAAUGAAGCCAUGGUGCCAAAAUGCAAGGAUCAAUUUGUGGCUUCCACUAACUUCAGUGCUUUCUGCCUGUGCACUGCACACCAGAUUUUGUCUUGAUGUGCUUGAUUGAUUAGUGUGGGUAUAGCUCUGCCAGGAAAAUAGAUGAUCCCUCACUUAUUUCAAUUCUUACUUUAUUACCUAAGAUUAGGAAACCAGUUAAAAUUAGAAACUCACAGCUACUAAAUAGAACACCAAACAUCAGUAACAAGUAACAGCCACUACUUCUAUAUAUAUAUAUAUAUAUAUAUAAUUCAUUCAUGACCUGUUACAGCUACCUGCUUCCAAAAGUGCAGUAUGAGAAGGCCAUGACCUCAGGUACCGUGCUUAAGCACCACCCUGUCAGGGACCUGACUGCAUCCUCCUUCCUGAGAUUUGUCUACUGGGGCUUGGAACUAACUCAGAGCCCUCAGCAUGAAGGGACCCCCUUCCUGCUGGAGGCUGUGGGGAAGUGCUCCAGACAGUGCUUUGGGGUGCAUGCAGCCAGGGCUAAUUCCAGCCUUCUGCUUUGAACUGAGGCUGCACCACCAAAACUGUCCCAGGUUACAGCCCCAGUGCCUCCCAGCUGCAGUGGUGGGACUGGCUCUGGUGCCAGGCCCUGCCUCAUCCCUACAGGAGCAGCUGACCCACACUUUGUCCUGACAGGUCCGGUUCAGAGUCUAACACUGUCUACCUCAUCUUAGGUUCAGCAGUGAGAUGAAGGCUUCCGUAUUCCCUCCCAUUAGGCAUUAUUUCCAUCUGCAAGUUGGGCCUUCUGGGGGUGGCUCCUCUCGGGUCUCUAAAGCAUUUUUCUCCUACCAAAAUCUGCUUUGUACUAUGGUGAGUUUCACAGAAGCAGUCUGAGCAUUACAUGGGCCACUCAGGUACUACUGUCAGUGAUCUCCUCCAGUCGUCUUUUUCAUCUGCCAUUGGUGGUUCCUUUCUUGCAUUGCUCUCAUUACCAGUCUUCAGGCAGAUUCGUUUAAUUUUGCAUGUUACUUUGGGGUCACUACUAAAGCUAAUCUCCAAACAAAUGUGGUUUACUUCUUCCCACCUAUCAUGCUUAGUGAGCUUCUUUCAUGUAACUAGUGGCUAUGAGCACUUCUGUGUAGCAUUUGUUUCUGACAAGUUUGUGGUGCCUAGGUAAGACCAUCCGAACUCUUUCUCAUGCAAUGAGAAUUUAAUUUAGAAAAUCCAGCUCCUCUUCAAUUUUGUGAACUGAAUGCUGACUGACAAUGCUGAUUAUCACCUAAAUAAUGUAUCUGAUUAUUUAAUGAUUAACUUAAACUACAUUGAACCAAUGGUGCCAGCAGUUGACCAUAGCUACAGUGAGUAUGGUGACAAACAUAUGAAGACCUGUAUCCUAUGUGUAUCUUUUUCUCCCUGUGAAGGACUCAAGCUUCCAAAAUGCUUAAUAUAUAUAAAGUUUCAAUAUAUAAAGUUUUUGGUAUGUCUUAUUACAACAAAUACAAUAUUUUCAAUAUUUUGUAUGUUUUUGAAAUCAUGCUUAUGUUUUGUAGGUCCCCAGAGUUUCAUGAGCGAGUGGUUUCUUUCCAAAAAAAAAAAAAAAAAAGACAGGCCAUCUUAAUUUUACACCAAAAGUGGGAUUUGUUACUGAAAAAAAGUGUAAAUAAGAUAAAAUCAAAUGGAAUUUAUUCAUCUUGUGGGAAAAAAAUCUGAGCCAACUCAAAUUUUCUGGUGGGAAUUUUGUGAUUUCACAUUAUUAAUAAAAUAGUUAAUUUUAAUAAGACUGAUUUAACUUGUGUAUUUAAGUUGCAAAUCAGAGACAGCUUCAUCUGAAACAAACUUUUGCUAUAGAUGUUUACUGUGAUAAAUAGAAACUUUAUGCAGUGCCUGAGUUGUUACCUGAAGUGUUUAUGUGAUUGAUAGCAUUGAGCAUCCCUGUGAAAUGAAAUAUUUAAUCUCAGCAUUUUUCGUGUAGAGGAAUAUUUUCUAAUAUUUCCAAUUUCAGCAUGUAUGGAUUUGCAUUCACAAUACUUAUUUGAAAAGUGGAUGUCAAAAUGAAGAAAUUAAGCACCUCAUCUGCAGUGAAAACCAGACUGUAUAUACCCAGCAGUAGUUAUUGUGGUGUUUACAUUUCUUUGAUUUCCUUAAUGACAUACAUUCAUAAAAUAUAAUCUUGUUAAAAGGCUAGUGUCCAACACAAGAUCUCAUCUACCCAUGAAGAAAUGCAGCACAUUUCACAUCAUACAAGAUUGCUCUUUUCCAUAAACACCUCAUAGUUUCUAUUUUUGUAAUCUGAUGAAAGUAAUCCAUCUUGCUUAAAAAAUGGAAAACUUAGUAAAGGGUGCCUUGUGAACACACAUUUACCCAUACAAGCUAAAUAUUUACCUUGUUUUUAUUCUUUGCUGUUAAUAUUCAUGAAUCUUGUGAAGUAUUUAUUUUCUGAGUAACACACUUUAGCUCAAAUGUACAUUGCUAAUCAAAGUGAGUGAAUAAAAAUAGGAGAUGAGACAUUUGUAAUACAUCAUAAAAUGUACAUCUGGUUAUUUGAGUAUUGUCUCUCUUGAAAUAUAUCCAAAUUAUACUAUAAUCUCUAUUUUAUCUUUCUUAUAUUCAAAUAAGGAAUAACCGUUAUAAUCAGGUAGUUUCGUGUGCAUUUAAAAGUAGUUUUAAAGAAAACUGCAGCUAAAAUGUAUAUAAACAUAUCACCAUAAAGCAGUCUCUUUUUUUUCUUGAUAAAAAAAGUUUGGCUAUAUCUUAGAAAAAUAUUCUCAGCUGCUCAUAUUGGAUGGUGUGAUUUAGAAAAUUUCAAGUACAAGGCAUACAUGAAAAUAUUAUGAGAAUAUUAUUUUCUUUGACAUGGUAUUUUUAAAGCCCAUACUUUUUAACACAGCAUGCAUACUGUCAUAAGCAGGCAGCAGCAAAACAGCUGAUGACUCUAGUGCAGUUAAAGGUAUGUGAACCCCUCUGUCCAAUUUCAGUGAUAACAAUAAAACAUUCUGUGCUAUCCUGUGCUUACAUACGUAGUCUGAAAGCGCAGAUCUGCUUCAUUCCAUUCCUUUAUUCAAGUAUGUCAAGAAACAGUUUUUAAAAAAUGCAAGCAACUGAUCACAGUGCCUGGUAGUUAGACUUCACAAAUCAAUAAAUCUUCAGUCUGGUAAGUGUGUGUGCCAUUUAACAUUUCUGUCUUGUAUUAUUGACCUGAGGUGGGUUGCUCAUGCUUUGUGAAAUUAGAUUUGUAAUGUGCCUGGCACUUUUAGCAGCACUGUUACCUCUCAUUUGUUAUCUAAAAUCAGAGUUACUCUUUACUUGUGUUGAAAAGAGCCUGAAGGGAUUAUGAUGACAAGAACUCAUUUUCUUUCUUACUAAUGAUGUCAAAACAAGAGAAGAAUUGUAGGUAAGGAUUGGAGAGACAGAGAUUACUCUUUUAACUAUUGCUACAGCUUACUGAGAGAGAGAAAUUAUUCAUUCCCAGUUUCAUGUGGGCUAGAAAUACUGUAUUCCCUUUCUGCAGUACACACUGCUAGACUUCUUGGCCCUUUGUUUAUGAUAGUAUACAAAGUAAUGUUUAUCACAAAUAAAAUGUUAGUGAUAACUCCCAUUAUAGGGCUAGCACUUUUUAUCAAUAACAUAGUUUCAGUUAGACCAAAAUAGUAAUUUCCCAUGUUAAGCACUGCAGUGGAGAUCUCCAUACCCUAUUCUAAGAAGCUCCAGACGCUCAUUCCUUUAUCAUUCUUUCAGAUGAUUUUAAUGUAAUUCAGCUAAAUUAGGCAUUCUUAGACCUUACUGUAUAGAACAGUUGAGUAGGGAAGAUAGAUGCUUCAGGAGCUUGUCCUAAAUGAUAACAGAGAUGUCUUUUCCUUUUGUCUGACUUGGAUGCUUCUGAGAAUGUGAAGAAGCAAGUUACUUCAAUGUCAUCAGCAGAGCCUGAGAAUAGGCUGUCUGAAUCUCACUAUGAGAAGCAGGUGCUUAAAGUUUACCUAAGUUUGAAUUAGGGCAUCAUGAGGGCAUCUCUAAGGAUUGAAGACUCAGGGUUACAAAGGACUAGAAAAGAUGAGCCUUAAAGACUCUGAAACCAAAACACUAUUGAAAGAAUCUUCAAUUUUUUAAAAAAUAAAUCAAUACUUAAAUGCAUAGAAGUGAAAUACCAGGAGGAAGUCUCUUUGUUGUGAGUACUGGUAAAGAUACCAGCCUCGAAUUCAAGGUUUGCACUAGCUGGCAACAGAAGGAUUUUAUUCUUAGCAGUCUUCCCUGUGUUAUCAGUGUACAUAUACAAAUUGUUCCUUCCCUUGGCAUUCAAGUUAAAAUAGUAGGUUUCUCAUUAACCACAUUGCUUAACCUAUUUUUCUUUUUUCUUCCCAAUUUAGAUUGAGGUGUAGCAGUUCAUUUUAAGCCAUCAGGCUAAAUAAAGGAGAAAUAAUUAGUGCUGCCUGAUGGAAGUGAUAAAUGUUAUUCAUUAUUGUAUUUCUUCUGUCUGUAAUAGUGGCCAAUAGCAGAGACCUCUUUCCUUUUGCAUCAAAGAAGAUGCUGCAGAGCUCCUUUAUGCAGUACAGGACGCUGUGCAGGACCCUCUAUGCAAUACCAACACACCAAGCAAUCUUUAUGUUGCCUGUUAGCAGUCCUGAAGGUUACUGCAUGGUUGAAAUGGCUGCAGACAGAAAUCCUCCUGUACAACACAGACUCCAUCUCUCUUAUCAGGCAUCUCAGAUCACCUUUGGAUCAACCUUUCUUGGAAAUGUUCCUGUUCACAAAGAGGUUCCUGAAUGUGCUGGGCAGAUACAUGGCUAUAAAGGAUGCAUUAGAGAUUUUCAAGUGAACAACAAAGAAUUGUUCAUCAUAGAUGAGGCUCUAGGAGGGAGGAAUGUUGAGAACUGCAAUGUUCCAAUAUGUGAUUACCAUCCUUGUCACAAUGGUGGGACCUGCAUUAGUGAUGCAGAAAAUUGGUUUUGUGAAUGCCCUAAACUCUACUCUGGAAGACUCUGCCAGUUCAUGACUUGUGAUGAAAGUCCAUGUGGAAAUGGUGCUACAUGUUUUCCAAAGUCCAGUCAAGACGCUGUUUGCCUUUGUCCGUACGGAAGAUCUGGCAUCCUCUGCAAUGAUGUUAUUAAUAUUAGCCAACCUAGUUUCAGUGGCACAGACGUUUUUGGACAUACUUCAUUCCUAGCUUAUUCUACAAUCCCAAAUAUCACCUUCUACUAUGAAUUCCACUUAAAAUUUCUGUUGUUAAACCACCACUCAGCUUUACAGGACAACUUGAUAUUUUUCACUGGACAGAAAGGCCAAGGUCUGAAUGGAGAUGAUUUUUUGGUGUUAGGCCUCCGUGAUGGCAGAGUAGUAUAUAGCUACAAUCUAGGUUCUGACACAGCAACACUCAUUAGCAAACCACUUGACCUGACACUCGAUAUUCAUGUCAUCCAUCUUGGCAGAUAUCUCCAGAAAGGCUGGCUGAAGGUGGAUGAUCAGAAGAAUAAAACUAUCACUUCUCCUGGGAGACUGGUUGGACUUAAUGUCUUCAGUCAGUUUUAUUUAGGAGGCUAUCACGAGUAUACUCCAGAACUCCUACCCAAGGGAUCCCGAUUUAAGAACGGCUUUCAAGGUUGCAUUUUUGAUGUGCAAGUUCGCACCAACAUGAAUGAGGAGUUCAAAUCACCAGGGAUUCCAGAAGGUCACCCCAAUUCUGGUCGCAGUGUUGGGCAAUGUAAAGCUUCCCCAUGCAGCCUAAUAAAAUGCAGAAAUGGUGGGAAGUGCAUGGAAAGUGGCUCUACUGUUUAUUGUGACUGCCUGGCUGGAUGGAAAGGUGCAUUCUGCACAGAAAUGGUGACUGUGUGUGAUCCAGAGCAUGAUCCUCCACAUCUGUGCAAGCAAGGCGGUACCUGUGUGCCACUGCCUAAUGGCUACACAUGUCACUGUCCUCUAGGAACAAGUGGUACCUAUUGCGAACAAGAUAUUUCCAUCAGUGAUCCAUCUUUCCGAAGUAAUGAAUCAUCGUGGAUGUCAUUUGCACCCUUUUAUAUCCGACAUAAGACCCAUAUCAAAAUGCAGUUUCAGCCUCUGUCUCCAGACGGUAUCCUGUUUUACACUGCACAGCGUUUGGGUACUCAGUCAGGUGACUUUCUAUGUAUAUCAUUAGUAAAUGGAUUUAUACAGCUGCGCUACAAUCUUGGAGCCAAAACAACUGUCCUACAGACUAUUCAGAAGGUCCAUGCUGAUGGACAGACCUGGCACGUUCUCAGAGUAGGAAGAGUUGGCAACGAAGGCUACCUUGAUCUGGAUGGCAUCAAUGUUACCCAUAGAGCCAGUGCUGGGAUGAAUGUGCUGGACACACACACGGAUUUUUAUGUCGGAGGGGUAUCCUCUCUAAAUCUUGUGAAUUCAAUGGCAACAGAAAAUGAACCCACAGGUUUCAGUGGCUGCAUACGAGAAAUUGUUAUAAAUGACAAAGAACUGAAGCUGACUGUGACAGAUCCCAAAGGUGGGGCCAAUAUUGGUGACUGUGAUGGAACAGUUUGUGGGUAUUCAGUGUGCAAAAAUAAUGGAACAUGUCAAGUUGAAAGCUCAGGCUUUUCUUGUUCCUGCCCACAAGGGUGGAUAGGGAAUACAUGUGAAGAGUCUGUUCACUGCUCACAGAACAGAUGUAGGUCUCAAGCUCUCUGUAUUCCUCAGCCUGCUUUGCUUUCAUACACCUGUGUAUGUGCACUAGGCUGGUCAGGUAAGCACUGUGACAGCAAGAUCAGCUUCUUUACCGCAAAGUUUGUUGGUAACUCCUACAUCAAAUACAUAGAUUCUCUUUAUGGAAAAAGAGACCUCCGGUACAGCCGUAUUUCAUUAAAUUUUACUACCAGUCAAAUUGAAGGCUUAAUGGUGUGGAUGGGAAAAGCUGAAGAUGAAGACAAUGAUUUCCUUGCCAUUGGUCUUGCCAAUGGAAGGUUAAAGGUUGUGAUUAAUCUUGGAGAAAGAAUCUCUGUUCCAAUGAGUCACAGCAAAGAUUCCACCUGUUGUGAUGAAAGAUGGCAUUUUGUUACAGUAAUUCAAAAUCAAACUUGUAUUAAGGUGUAUCUUGAUGAGGAGCUAAUUAUUUUUGAAGAUAUUGAUCCAUACAGAAAAUACACUGCUUUAAACUAUGGUGGAAUUUGUUAUUUUGGUGGGUUUGAAAUUGGCAGAAAAGUCCAUACAGUCACUGCAGGGCUCUUUCAGAAGGAAUUCAUUGGUAAAAUUAAAGAUGUUGCGCUCUUCCAAGAUUCUAAAAAGAUUCAGCUCAUGAAAGGAGAAGGUUAUAAUGUUCAUAAUGGAGAUCACAGAAAUUAAUUGAACUAAUUAAGAUUCCUUAAAAUGCAUGUAUUUUUGUACUGCCUCUUGUAUUAAGCUGACAAUCUAGGAUUUGUGAACCAAAAUACAUAAAAUUUUAUUCCUAAUCCUUUUUCUGUUUUAAUGAUAGGUAUUAAUGUCAUAUGUGAAAUGUAGCCAGAAUUUUUUACUUCACUCCUAAGUAUUUAUACUUUUUAGUAUUUAUUUUAAAAUAAUGAGGUGUUUUUUUUCCUCUUGUUAUGCUGGAAAUAGUUUUGUAGACAGAUAGAAGUCAAUCCAGUACUGUUCAUGGAUGAGGAUGACUUAGCUGUCUCUCCGAAACUGCUUUAUUAGUAUGCACGGCUUCUCUUUCCUAAUGGUGCAGUUCUAAGAUCAGUAGAAUCAAGAGUAACAUCUGACAUCUGUAGGUGGGAAAAACAUGUCUGGGGUUAAAAGUGUAUGUUUCUAAAAAUAACAUUUGUAGUUACUUGCUGAGUUCACAACAACUAUUCCAGGUAACGAAGUUGCUCUCCCUACCUUCUGAGUUUCUAUCCACUAUGUAUACAGUUAUGUAAAAAAGCAGAAGUUAAUACUGUUUUCAUGCUAAAAUAUUAUGUUUUAAAAUCAUUCUUUUUCAGAGGCAAAAACAGUACUUACUUACUAAGCAUAGGAAUAAGCUUGUAUACACCGAGGCAUAAAAAUAGUCAACUGUUUCUCUCCACCAGAGGUCUCCCAAGUUUGCUUACAGCAUAAUGUCUCAGCUGGAAUGUGGGACAGUGGCAGUCUCAGCAAAUAACUUUUCUUAGUAACAGCUUUAAUGAAGUCAAACAAUUACUUUGUUUUAGCUAUACUUUUCUGGCUUUUAUCCCUCUAAAUGAGAUUUUAAAAUUUUACUAGACAAACUCUUUGCCACUGUAAACUGAAUUUCCAUGACUACAUGUUUUCAUGAAUUUAUAAUCUCAAAAGUAAAGAAGAGUUCUUCAAUAAAUAAAAUGCAAAAGCUUUAUUCCUUCUGAGAAAGCUGUACUAUUCUACACUUCAGUCAUCAAUAAAAACAAAGUUAAUCUGCUUAAACACAAGAUUUGUGAUAGUAUUUAUAUUUCUCAUUCCACUGCUGACUUGCUGUAUAAAUAAAACAUGUAAAAACAA